AUCAUAUGAACUUUGAAAGACAAACCAUAAACACAACAUAGAAAUGUCAAAACCAUCAGCAAGUAAACAACACAAAUACAACGGUACCAACAUUGGAGAGGUAUAUGACUAAGGCAGUCGAAAACCUAAGAGCGGUACGUCUUUGAAUGUGGCUUUAUUAAGCAUAGGCUUUAUAAAACAUAGAAGACUAUAUCCUGCUCCACAAAAGAAGAAGAAGAAGAAAUGUUCGACACAAGUGUGAUCGUAGGCAUAUCCGCCACUAUUGUAUCUUUUGCGGUGGGAUAUGCCGUCGCAAGACGGUCUCCUCUGGAUGGUAGCAGGUCAGCUUCGGCAGAAAAGCAAGACACCAAAAAUGAAGGAACCGACAAGAUUUUCGCCGACAUGGGUGGAGAGUACAAAAUGGUUCUCGUCGUGCGGAAUGACCUGAAGAUGGGCAAAGGCAAGAUAGCGGCACAGUGUGGCCAUGCAGCCGUUGGAGCGUACGAGAGUGGAGUGCGGAACACGCCGGCGGCGAUCCAAAAGUGGCAGAACGGUGGACAGGCCAAAAUCGCACUGAAGGUGGACACCGAAGAAGCCAUGAUGGAAAUUUACCGAACGGCGAAAGCGAACAAGCUCAAUUGCUGCCUAAUACGCGACGCUGGGCGUACGCAGAUUGAACCUAACACUAAAACCGUGCUAGCCGUUGGACCAGCCCCAAACGUGGCCGUGGACAGUGUGACGGGUCAUUUGAAGUUGCUGUAAGAGCUGAGUUGCCGCAAUACAGUUUGCUUUUAAGAAACCACCCAAACACGUGGAUGGAGUCAUCAUUUCGAUCGCGC